AAACAUUACAUUUGUAUGGAGCACAACAACUACGCCAAGGAAGGAGGUCAGCAGGAUGCAUCAUGGGUACCACAGUUUCCGACCGGAGCAUCACACUGGGAACAAGAAAUGGCGACCUCCUUGCUACGGUUAGGGCGACUGGGUUCCCUCAAGCGUCUCCAGUUGGAUAGCUGGGGCGUACUGAGGAGUCGCUCGGCUGCUUCCUUCUGCACUCAGGCUGAAGAGCCCGCAAAGCCAGCGAAAAAGACAAAGGCUGCAAGCAGGACAGCAGAGGCUCCAGAUGAGAGAGCAACCUUGCUAACCUACAAGACUGCAGUUCCCUUCCCAGUUAGACUUUCAGAGCCUGGAGUUGACCUAAGACAGUCUGUAGGUGUAACUGAACUAGUGGCCAGCCCCACUGCAGAAACAAUUGUAGCUGCAGCAGCUACAGCGCCUGUCACUGCUGCCAGUGAACCAGCUGUAGCUGAGCCAGAGCCAGCAGAGGCUCCAGCUCCUGAUCCAGAUGUUGCUCGGGUUAUCGUUGACACAGCUCCACCUGUAGUUGAUGCAGCCCCCCCAGCUGCUGAGCCCCUGGUUGAUGCAAGCAGUAAAACCUCAGCACCAGACGACACUCCAGUUGCAGCCUCCGUCACAGUCAAUGCAGUCCCAGCUGCCGCAGCCUCCUCUGAGCCUGGCGAUCCAGCAGCUGACGGAUCAUCCUCAUCAUCAUCAUCAUCAUCAUCAUCAUCCAGCGACUCGGAUUCUGACUCUGACUCUGAGGACGAGAAGCCAGACGUGAAGACUGAAACCAAGACCUCACCACUAGAGGUGUCAGAAUCCAGUGUGAAAGAAGAAGCAGAAGUCCAGGAGGUCACAUCAGAAGUGAAGGAAGACACUUAUGAAGCUAAGCAGGAGGUUCCACCAGAACCUGAAGCCACCCCUGCCUCUGCUGCUGAGGCUGUACAGGAGGUUGCUCCAGCCGCAGCCGCGCCCACAGAAGCAGCUCAAUCUAGCACGGAAACACCCAGUGUUAGCUCUGAGGACUUAGUAGACCCCGCUCCUGAGAUCUGCACUGCCACCAAAGACACUCCAGAGGGCACUGUGACCAGCCCAGAAGUUUCAACUGAAGGAGAGGUGGAACCCACUCCAGAAGUAAUAGACGAUGUUGCAUCUCCUGCUAUCCCUGAUGCCCGAGUAGAAACUCCACCUGAAAUUGUGACCGAAGCUGAAACUCCAGAAAAAGCCCAGACUGACGCUCCUGUAGAAACCACAGAGCCUGCCUCUGCUGAAGCCCCCGCAGACGCUGUAGCUGCCUCGGUAGAAGCCCCCAUAAAAGAUGUUGAAGAGUCUGCCUUUGCUGAAACCCCUGUAAAAGCUGCUGAAGCCCGCACAGAAGCUGCUGAAACUGCUGCAGAGCCUGUAGACGCUGAAGCGGCUGCUGAGCAGCAGGAGCUGGUGGACCCCGCCCCAGUCAUAGCUGAAGCUGCAGGAGAGGAGCUGCAGGCGGAGACCCCAGUUGAACCAUCUGAGGAGUCUGCAGCAGUGGCCCCUCCAGAGCCCGAGGAACCUUUUGACAACAGCACUUAUAAAAACUACCAGCACCACAACUACAACCCCUACACGUUUGCAGACCUAGACGUAGAGAUGGCCAAGUUUCGCCUCCCUCAGCCCUCCUCCAUCAGACACUAGAGGAGCUGGCAUUGCCGCAAACCUUUAUAUUGCUUAAAGAUGAUGGUGAUUGUCCCUCUUUACAUAUGAUACCUGUCAGAUCUGCAUGAAAUUCUGCUGUUAAAAUGUUAUAUUAUUAAAGUACACAAAUGAAGUCUG